AUGGCGACUCCCUCUUCGAGACCGAACCCUGGCGCGACGCCUACUCAUCUGACCUCUUCCCCUCAUCCUUCAGCAGUCCCCAUGGGCCGUGGUCUAUCUCACAAAUCACCUUCUAUGAAGACUCCUUCAGCCUCAGGUACUGCUCAUGGCCAUCAUCUCAGCACGUCCUCGCAUCAAGGCGCUACACCUCUCACGGCGAUCGCCGGAUUAGAUGACCCGGUUUCCCUCAGCUCGCCCUCCGCUCUGUUGGCUCUCGGUGGAUUCACAGGCAUGAGCCCAGCAUUGAAUGUACAGGAUGGGUUGGUCGGCCCCGGUAUGCACGACAGUGAUAUUCGCGCUCUCACUUUAGGCCUUGGUGGCGCACGUAAUCAUGAGGAAGAGCGGCGGAAGCGUAUAGAAGAAGUGGUACAGUUACUACGGGGUCGGGUAGCAGGUCGAGGCGUUAGUCGAGAAGCAGUGGAGAGAUUGGGCAGGUUGGAAGGAUUCGAGUCUAUAUGGCAAGAGGAUAGUUUGAGCAUUGCUGGAAACUCUGUUGAUCUCGAGAUCGAGUUUUAUCCCGGUGAAGAUAACGUCAAGGACGUCAGUUUGAGUUACGCCUCUCUCGAAGGAGAAAGUGAAAGUGAAAGACGGGAAGAAGCUACAAUUGUGCUCAAAGGUGAUCUCAUACAAACUGCAGAGGAACGCGAAAAUAGGGCCUGGAAGUCACUGAAAGGUUUUCAGAGUAAUCUCGAAAGACUUGCGAAGCUCGAUCAUUUGAGUCAAGAGAUUAAUUGUUUCGAGGCGGUUGAGAGUCUUUUUGAGAGUCUGCAGAAGGUCUGGGACGCUGAGAGUCGGCGAGGGAGUUAUCAUAGCGUCUACGAACAUCUUUGUCGAGGAUCUAUCGGUAGACCCAGUCUACAUAGAAGAGGUCGUGUUGGGAUGGGACUGGAGUAUUGGGUUGAAGGCCACAGAAUACUGCAUGCGAAGCAGACGAAGAAAUCAGCGGACCCCAUGGCAAUAGAUACUGAAGAAGACGACGAUGGAUAUUUACAAGACCAGCUACGAAGCGUCACAAUCGAAUGUGAAGAGGGAUUUCCUUCACUACGAAUCUCGAAAGAAUGGGUCGGGGCGGAAAUACUGAGUACAGUCGAGACGAACGAUGCAUCCACGGCGGUGAACUGGAUGGAUCCACCACCUACAUUACAGUCCUCUGUCAGCGAGCUUGACACAGACAUGGUAGGGUCUGGGACGGCUAAUCGACGUUUUGUGGCGAAAUUAGAACCCCAUAUACAUGUUCCGCUCUUGAUAGCAAACGACAUAUAUCGACACCUUGGGUUGACGAUUCCCCACGAUUACAGAACGACAACGUAUGACGGUCUCUUGGUCCCUGGUUGGACGAGCAGCGGUAUGAAUAGCAACGAUUCGAUGGCUUCGGAGUCGCUGGAAAUGCCGGAGAAGCGGCGAAUGAAAGCUGUAUUAUCGUUCGACGAGAAGGAUGAACCUGUGCAGAAAAACCACAGUUAUUCUUUCCAGGCUUUUGAAGCUGCCCCAGGAAUGACUAUUCGUGAAUUUCCAUUUUCUCAUCCGCGACAGCUAGCUGAUAUUUUCCCGAUAUUCCGGCAAUAUAGUUUAUUGGCAACGUUGAUGCAGAAAGUCUUCCCGCGGAAAGAGAUUGUGGCCGGUUCGGUCCAUGAGUCAAAAGGUUCAUCAAAGACGUCGGAAACAUUGUCAAUGUCUGGAAAUUCAACAUCAACCACUGAACAAAUCAGCAUACUCAGCAAUGGAGAUCCGAACGAAGACUUUCUAAACAACCUUCUGGCAGAGAGUACGAUAUCUCUUCAUACCGAAUCUCAGGCCGGCGACGAUCUAAGCGAUGUUCGAGUGGACAUCACGCUAAGAACGCAAAUCGGACAGGCACCGUUGAUCAUGUUGUCGAUCACUGUACCAGAAACCAAACAAAAGGCGUCAGUCAGCUUCGAAAUUCGACUAAACGGGCGAGUGAAUAUUGCUCAAGUGUCUGGUUUGGGGGGUAGCAAAGAUGAGCAGUCAAUGGCGAAGAUCCACCGGAAACUGAAUCGUGUCUUGGAGGUAUCCGAAGAUUUAAGUGUUCUGGUGGAAUAUGUGGUGAGCCAAUUACGGGGGAUGUCAUAAUACCGCGGUGCAUUAUGAAAGCAUCCGCCACCCCUGCAUAUAGAUGGACUAUUAGUCUGUUAUCAAUACGACCCAAGCUCCAAAGAUGCCGCACUUGUUAAUGCUUACACAGACAGAGGUGGUCUCAACCAUUGGUCGAUGCCGUCAGACUAGUCAGGUCGAGGAAGCUUCGAUCAAUCUCUUAUCAGGAUCCGGGGUAGCUUGUUAUCUAAUCGGGACUGGAACCCUUGCUUCGGGGAUGGACUGGCGCGAUCAUCAGUGGCAUGUAUCGUAUUACAGUAUUGCUGAUAUCUACAGAGUCCAGACUACACAUCUAAAAUCUAGAUUUGAGCAUCUAACUUUACUC